AUUAUACUACCAGAUAAAAUAACCUAUCAAAGUUACAGGUCAAAUAACCUACUAAGGUUAUAGUUCAGUCUAAAAUAGCCUACCAAGGUUACAGUUCUGUCUAAAAUAAGUCUCUAAGGUUAUAGUUCAUUGAUAUAUAUAAGUCACGAAAGUUAUACAAGUUCAAAAGAAGAGUUGUGUAAGUGGAUCCGUGAACAACUGAGAUACUCUGCCAUGUCUUCAGUGCCGGAGAACGCCCCUGAACACUGCCCCGGCACGGACAGCAGCAACGCUGGCCAAGCGUCUGCGUGCGCCGGCUGCCCCAACCAACAAAUCUGUGCCUCGGGCGCCGCUGCCGCACCUGACCCAGAUCUGGCGGCCAUCUUGGCGCGUCUGGCGACCAUCAAGCACAAGCUGGUGGUGCUCUCAGGCAAGGGCGGCGUCGGCAAGACCACCGUCAGCGCCAUGCUCGCCAGGGCCCUCGCCGCCCAGCCCCUCACUCAGGUGGGCGUGCUGGACGUGGACGUGUGUGGACCGUCACAGCCCCGCGUCACGGGCACCGUUGGUAACGCCGUCCACACGUCCGCCUCGGGCUGGUCUCCUGUCUACAUAGAGGACAACCUGGCGGUGAUGUCCAUCGGCUUCCUGCUGGAGAGCCUCGAGGACGCCGUCAUGUGGCGGGGGCCCAACAAGAACGGACUGAUCAAGAGGUUCCUGAAGGAUGUAGAGUGGGAGGGCCUGGACUACCUGGUGAUCGACACGCCCCCCGGCACCAGCGACGAGCAUCUCACUCUUGCCCACUACCUCCUGCAGGGCAACGCUGCUGCCGCUGUCGUCGUCACCACGCCUCAGGAGGUGUCACUGCUCGACGUGAGGAAAGAAAUCACUUUCUGCGAGCGCGUCAAGCUGCCCAUGGCGGGCAUCGUCGAGAACAUGACGAUGUUCGUGUGUCCGAAGUGUAAAGGGGAGAGCGUAGUGUUCCCCAGCGCUACAGGCGGCGCGGCGAGUCUGGCAGCCGAGUCAGGCGUGCCGCUGAUCGCUCGCCUGCCGCUGGACCCGCUGGUCGCCCGCGCCUGUGAUGAAGGCACAAACUUCUUACUCGACCACCCGGACUCGCCUGCCGCUCGCGCCUACCUUGAUCUCGCACAAAAAAUCAAGGAGUACUUCUCAACGAACGGGCCAUUCGUGAGCUGACGAGCGAUAUACGACAUCUACAACGCUUAAUAAACGUUUAUAUAAUAUUUGUUUUAUUGCUCUGCAA